GAUUUACGUAUUAUGGAACUUAUCCGCUCCCACUUCCAACCAUUGCCGUCAUCAAAAGAUCACACAGCUUCAGUAGCUUUCGCGUGAGCAGUUGACGUGCUUUUUACAUCCCUCGACGGGAUUAUUAACAACAUCCUUAAUAGGAUAGCCAAUACUAUGCGCAUUGCAAUUUUGUUUUUACGUUAGAGAAGAUAUCGAAUCGGUUAACAUUGCCAUUAACAUCGACAAACCGUUGUGGAAAACCCUCGAAGAUGGUUAACUCGUUUCGUCUUACAAACUUGGCUACCUGGUAGCACUAUCACAUGUUUGCGUGAUGGGUAACAGCUACUCCCUCGCCACGCCCUACGCUGGCUCUGCCGGCAUCGAUAUACCAGAGCUAGCCGACCUGGUGCACGAAAGGUCGAUCGGCAGUGCCCGGUUUAUGAAGAGCAUCCGUGCUCGCCAUAACGACGGUGUAGUUUUAGCCAAAGUCACAGUGAAGCCUUAUACCCCGCUAUCUCUACGGGAUUAUGGCGACAAGAUAUUGCAGGAGAGAGAUAAACUAAGAGAUGUCCCCAAUGCCCUCGGCUUCGAACGUGCCUUUGAAACCGAAGGAAACGCCUACCUCGUACGACAGUAUAUAUAUAGCUCCCUAUACGACCGCAUGUCAACGCGACCCUUCCUCGAAGAUAUAGAAAAGAAAUGGCUUGCAUUCCAGCUGCUAUGCGCACUGCGAGAUUGCCACAGUCGUGACAUAUAUCAUGGCGAUCUAAAAACAGAGAAUAUUAUGGUGACAUCUUGGAACUGGCUUUACCUGACGGAUUUCACUGGUUCCUUUAAACCUACGAUGCUCCCCGAUGACAACCCGAUGUUUUACUCCUACUUCUUCGACCUGUCUGGCCGGCGCACGUGUUACAUCGCACCAGAGAGGUUUAUCGAGCAUAUCGAAAACCCCCAAGCGCAACCCCAGGACCAUAAGCUUACCUGGUCUAUGGACAUAUUCAGCGCAGGCUGCGUUAUCGCCGAACUAUUCCUCGAGACCUCUAUAUUUAGCCUUAGCCAAAUGUUCAAGUAUCGCCGUGGCGAGUACGACCCGGUGAUUUCGCAUCUUAGUAGGAUACCUGAUCAGGGCUUGAGGGAGAUGCUCUCUAGUAUGAUCCAGCUUGACCCCGAGAAGCGAUACUCCGCAGAGCAAUACCUGGAUUUCUAUAAAUCAAAGGUCUUCCCAGAGUACUUCUAUAACUUCCUUCAUCAGUAUAUGGAACUUAUUACCGACCCGGGUUCAGGCAAGGCUCGGGUUUCAGGGUCCGUGAAGAAUUUUGGUGAGGCCGAUGAUCGGAUAGACCGAGUCUUCUACGACUUUGAUAAAAUAUCAUAUUUCCUAGGCUAUCGGGACGACAAGGAGCCGUCCCAACUUACUCACUUUACACCUCGCCUCGGCUUAGGUCUUUUUCCUGUACGAUUAAACAUACCCAAUAAUGAACAUUCUACGUCAGCUGGAAAGCAACCUCCUACUGACGAUGGGACUUUAAUAUUCCUUACCCUCGUCGCCGCCUCGCUUAGGAAUACAGCUCGAGCAGCUUCAAAGAUCAGAGCUUGUGACAUACUGCUAGCUUUCUCCGAGAGACUAUCCGAUGAAGCUAAGCUCGACAGGGUUCUACCAUAUCUCAUGACGCUGUUGAAUGAUGACGUUGAUCUGGUUGCUAUCGCAGCUCUCAGAUCUGUUACUCAACUUCUGGCUCUUGUAACAGUGGUCACGCCGGUUAAUGCCCAUGUAUUCCCCGAGUACAUUAUGCCCAGGAUGCAGGUAUUUCUAUCAGGUGCCUCCAGGCAACCUAUUAUGGGAAAGGAACGUCGGGAGCCGAGCGCCUUAGUGCGAGCCACAUACGCAUCCUGUUUAGGUAGUCUUGCGACGACUGCUUCGAAAUUCUUAGAGUUGACGGCCAUCUUGAGAGCAGAGGGAUCGAUCAGUACCGCUGACCCAGAGAUCGAAGCUGGCAGCGACCCCGAUGCUGCAUUCGAUGGACUCUUCGAUAACGCCCAAAGCGAACUCGUCGAACUAUUCGAAGCGCAUGCUAAAGCUUUAGUUGAAGAUUCGGAUGCUUCCGUGCGUCGAGCGUUUCUCAGUUCUGUCCCGGAGCUUUGCAUGUUCUUCGGUAGUGCAGAGUCCAACGAUAUUAUCCUCACGCACCUGAAUACGUACCUUAACGAUAGAGACUGGAUGCUGAAGUGUGCUUUCUUCGACACGAUAGUGGGCAUUGCUGCAUUUCUAGGUAGCACCAGCUUGGAGGAAUUUAGUCUUCCUCUGAUGAUACAAGCGGUAACCGAUCCGGAAGAGCAUGUGGUACAGGCGGCCUUACACUCUUUGGCCGAGCUAGCAAGUUUAGGUCUCCUAUCCAAAGCGAAGACGUGGGAGCUUAUAGAUGUAGUUGGCCGCUUCACGAUGCAUCCGAAUCUAUGGAUACGAGAAUCUGCUGCGGAGUACAUUUCCAGCGCUGCAAAGCUGCUAUCUCCCGCGGAUCUUAGAUGCAUUGUCCUGCCUCUAAUUAGACCAUUCCUCAAGCCGGGAAUAAUUCCUGACUUUUCUGAGCUUGAUUUGCUAGAUUCUCUGAAGAAACCAUUAUCACGGACAGUCUUCGACUUGGCGCUAUCAUGGGCGCAAAAGACUGAUAAAGGACUGUUCUGGAAAGCUGUCAAACAGCAAAAGCAGUCUACAUUUACUAUUGCUUCUACAGCAUUGGCAAUCCGUUCAUCUCGGGAGACACAACCGCAAGCACUUAACAAAGUUCAACGGAAUGAAGAGGAUGAGCAAUGGCUUACCCGACUGCGGAACAUGGGAAUGACGACGGAAGAUGAAUUCAAGCUGCUUGUUCUGAGGGAAUUCAUAUGGCGCUUGAGUCAAAUGAGGAACCGCGAUUUGCUCUCGCAAGACAACAUUACUACGUCCUUGAACAAUAUCAUCCCUCUGAGGAGUUUAAAUGUCAAAUUGCAGACGAUCAUGUUUGACGAGGUUUCCCCUGAAGAUGAGCCAACGUGGCAACGGCAACGAAUGCCAAGCUCGGAUAAAGGGCCUUAUACCAUUAGCGAUGCUCUGAUGGAUGCAUCAAUGACGAUAGACGAGCCUGUUGGGAAGCGGCGCCGUGCUGCUAUGAAUAAUCACCGCUCACGUUUGAGCAGCCACGGAGGAGCAAUGUCACCAAGGACGAAAGAUGGCCGCGCAUUAUCGCCAAUGGAGUCUCGGGCGUCUUCCCCAGUCAACGGCAUGGGUAUUAAUGAAUCACGCCGUGCUUCUUCCACAGCACGUGGGCCGACUUCUCAGGACGAUGAUGCCUCUAUUUCAGAUUCCCCAUACUCGACUAGAAGAGCCAUUCGACACCAGGCAAGCGCUCUGGAUCUUCUAAAUCGGAAAGACAGCGGUAGAUCGAUCGCAGAGACAGGAACGACUGAGGCGAAUGCAUUUGGCCAAGUCGAGGGCCCUUUCUCACAAAACCCGCCGCCACAAAUAAUGAUUCCCAGCACCGCUGCAGACAAUGGGAUGCCGAGAGCUCGAUCCCGUGCUUCACAUACAUACGAGGGCAAUGACCCUAAUAUAUUAAAAAUGCUUAAUAAUAUGUACGUCGAUAAUUACCCGCACGACAUAGCCCAAUUUGGACCGCUCGUUUCACCAAUCACCAGGAGGAAAGUAAGUAAAGCGGCGGGACAAAGCGGCGAGGAAGCAUGGAAACCGAAUGGUAGUCUCGUUGCCACCUUCUCGGAACAUACUGGGGCGAUCAACCGUGUUCUUCCAUCUCCAGAUCACCUGUUUUUUAUAACAGGUAGUGACGAUGGUAGUAUUAAGGUGUGGGAUUCCUCUAGGCUGGAGCGUAACGUCACACAUCGUUCGCGCCAAACGCAUAGACACGCUCCGGGUGCGAAGGUUACUUCCCUCUGCUUCAUUGAGAACACACAUACGUUUGUCAGUUGCGCCAGUGAUGGUAGCGUUCAUAUCGUCAAGGUAGACACAGCUAUGACCAGCGGAUCUAUUAAGUACAUCCGAUUGCGACUACUUCGUGAGUACCAGCUUCCAGCAGAUGAGUAUGCUGUCUGGUGCGAGCACUUCAAACAGGAGCUGAAUUCCGUGCUGGUACUUGCGACCAACCGAUCUCGGGUCUUGGGUAUUGAUCUUCGUACGAUGUCACUUUUGUACGUACUCGAAAACCCGGUACAUCACGGUGCUCCCACUUGUUUCUGUGUGGAUCGGAAGCGUAACUGGCUGCUUCUCGGCACCUCGCACGGAGUCCUGGAUUUGUGGGACCUACGAUUCAAGAUGAGGCUAAAAGGUUGGGGUUUGCCAGGUAAAUCGGCCAUCUACCGCCUCUGCCUCCAUCCAGCCAAAGGUCGCGGGAAGUGGGUGUGCGUAGCAGGCGGUACUGGUCUUGGCGAGGUCACUGUCUGGGACCUGGAAAAGACACAGUGCAGGGAAAUUUAUCGGGUAGGAGGAUCCAAAGACGGACCGAAAGAUUACAAACCAUGGGACGUCGACGAGGACAAACCCGAAGGCAUGCUCGACCGUUUUGCGACGAAUAUCGAGCCUACCGCUAGUGGCAGUGGGGAUCGCGGCGUCCGAGCUAUGGUUGUCGGCUCAGGUGCUAUGGAAGACCAACGUGAAGUGCGGUACGGAUAUAUCAUAACAGGGGGGUCAGACAAGAAACUACGUUUCUGGGACCUAAUGCGCAUCGAGAACUCGUGCAUAUUCAGCGGACUCCAUAGUGAAGAUGCUAAACCAGUUUUCGCGGUAGUCAGCACGCCGAACCAGCCUGGCCUUACUCUUAACGUAGAAAGACUACAUAAAAGAGGUAAUACAACGGGCGCAGAACAGAAGGGUGGCAAGAGCAAUAAGGCGACAAGCAGCAGAGAGAAACCACCAAGACACACGGUUAUCUCGGCGGAGCAGGGUCAACUGCUCAGAAGUCAUUUAGAUUCGAUCUUGGACGUGGCAGUAUUGGAAUUGCCUUAUACGAUGGCUGUUAGCGUAGACAGGUCAGGGGUCAUUUUUGUAUUCCAGUAAAAAAAAAAAAAGGUAGAUGUUGUUUGUUACAGGCUGGCGUUCUAGGGGCUACGUUCUAGGGACGGCUUCGAUUGAAACAGAACAACCUAUAUGUACCUAAGGUACUUACCAACUUAGGUGCCCAAGGUUGAUUGAAUCACGAAGGAUAGGAGGGAGAGUAAUCACGACAUGAAAUGCUCUGGAAAGGAUAAGCCUUAUGUGUACUUUGUUUUUCCAGCUUAGCAAUAUAUAGUGCGCAUGUCUGUCUCUAGGACUUAUCCUAGGCACCUAUAAUAAAUCUUUGACCAAUCA